CACUGUGACAACGAAAAAAGUUGGUCUUGUCAGCACGAUAUUUUACGAGUUCUUUCGGCCUAAGUGCUGCCAUACCGCCGGCAGAAUGACGAGCUCUAGGUCGUGCACAUGGAGCCACGUUCUCUGCCGGCGAAAAUCCGGGCUAUACAUUCGCUAUGCCAUUUGUUGUAUGUGCGACGACAAACUAGAAGUUAGAGGACCUUCUGGCGAGAUGCUAGAAUUCCAGCGACCUCGAGACGAUGCAAUGACAAUUCUAGACGUCGUAAUUGACAGAGAUCCUCCAGUCAAGCAACUCAAUGUAGGAUGCGCUGUCUUGGCCUCUGUUUCUUCCUACGACUCCGACGUAAUGUGUCAACCUGCAACAUUUGUUUUGGCGACUAUCAAGAAAAAAACCCACCGUCCAGUAAUGAUUGAAGUAGAGUUUGACGACAACAGAAGUCGAGAAUGGCUUACGAGAGAUAAGAUAAGGACAAUGGUUCCACCAUGGCCUCGACGUUCGCGAAAGUCUAAUCCGCGCAGAAGACCGAGAAAGGGAGAGAUUGACGUGCUUCCUCACGGAGUUUUACGAAAAUUCAACGGGAGCCAAUGGCGCCAUUUGUGCCGCACUCAAAACUGCUUGAGAGAAGCCCAACGUGACGGCAGUUGCUCUAAUCAUCUCGGUGGUGGAAUAAAAAAGGGUAGAAGGUCUAGUGUUAGGCCAGUACACCAAGCCAGUCUGUCUUCUGUUGCCUGCAGUUCCAGCAUUGAGACGUCAAGCGACAGAGACAGAAUGGCUGCCGCAGAGGGUCUCGUGGAACUUCAGACGUCAAGAGUCGAACAGCAAAAGCAAACCUGUACUAUUUCAGAGCCCGGUCAGAGAGAGUGUCAGGGUAACUGUGUUAUGUCCACAGCUUUGUCACCAACAUGGCGAGGCAUUCGAUUCCAGAACUCCGAGACACCGUUACAAGUGUAUCCCUACCAGAAGGUUCAGCUAUUGCCUGCUCUCUCGUCUUCAUCUACUAGAGAAAACGUCAACGGACGACUAUCUGCUUCUUCUAUUCCAUGUCUUUCUCCAACUCUCCAUUCUUCAUCUACAAGCUACAGCUGGGAGUCUAGGCUCGCCUGUUUCCAACAUCGUUUUCUACCCGUCAGUCUGCCCUCUCCACCGACAUCUCCUUCCUGGCCUUUCAUGUAACCUUAGACGCCCUGUAGGUCGAACUGGAAACAAGGUAGGUGUAAGGUGUUGUUGUGUUCAAAUAUUUGACUAAAUACGUUCGAUUUCGACAGUUUUCUUCUGUUAGUUUUACAUGUAGUACACAUUUAGAACACGCAGAUCUUCAUUAUUAUUGUCAACUUGACGUUAAUUAAUUAAUUGCUAUUUUUGCGUUAUACGAACAGUUGGGUUCU